CUGGUUUGGAAGUAAAUGAAAAAUGUAGACGAUAAUGGCUUUUUAACCCUAAAAAAAUCUGAAGUUCUUAACGAGGAAACACGGUGUCGUUUUCAGUAUACUGUUUGUCGCUUCUCAAUCAUUGGAUUCCUUCAACGUCUUAUGAAUUAUGAUCCACACUUGUUGAAGAGGCAAAGAGGAAUUCGAAUCUCUUUGCGUUCUGCCACCGCUAUCGAUCCGAUCGUCUUUACACUACAAACUGUAAAAACACGACAAGACCAUCGCAUCCUUGAAUCUAUACAUAUAGCUCGGAGAGAGGAGGCGGGGUUUUGUAAAAUGGCGGCACGAGUGCUGAGGGUGGCGCACGAUGGGAGCGGGGAGUACCGGACGGUUCAGGAGGCGAUUGACACGGUCCCGCUAAGUAAUACUCGUCGAACAGUGAUUCGCGUCUCACCGGGGAUCUACAAGCACCCCGUAUACAUCCCCAAGACCAAGAACUUCAUCACUCUCGCUGGUUCGGACCCGGAAAUCACAGUCCUCACUUGGAACAACACCGCCUCCAAAAUUGAGCAUCAUCAGGCUUCUAGGGUGAUUGGGACUGGAACGUUCGGUUGUGGGAGUGUUAUUGUGGAAGGAGAGGACUUUAUUGCCGAGAACAUCACUUUUGAGAACUCUGCUCCUGAGGGUUCUGGCCAAGCUGUAGCAAUCAGAGUAACUGCAGAUCGAUGUGCCUUUUAUAAUUGCAGGUUUCUUGGUUGGCAGGAUACUUUAUACUUGCAUCAUGGGAAGCAAUAUUUGAAAGAUUGCUAUAUCGAAGGAAGUGUGGAUUUCAUUUUUGGGAAUAGCACUGCACUGCUGGAGCAUUGUCAUAUCAACUGCAAGUCAGCAGGAUUUAUAACUGCUCAAAGCAGAAAAUCUUCCCAGGAGACAACUGGUUACGUGUUUCUUAGAUGUGUGAUUACUGGCAAUGGAGGGACACAAUAUGCAUAUCUUGGGCGCCCUUGGGGGCCGUUUGGACGGGUGGUCUUUGUUUACACCUAUAUGGAUGCAUGUAUCAAACAAUUAGGCUGGAAUAAUUGGGGCAAAACUGAAAACGAGAGAACAGCUUGUUUUUACGAGUAUAGGUGUUUUGGCCCAGGGAGUUGCUCAUCGAAAAGAGUAACAUGGGCUAGAGAAUUAGUAGAUGAAGAAGUUGAACAGUUUCUCAUGCAUUCUUUUAUCGAUCCAAAUCCAGAAAGGCCCUGGUUGGCACAGAGAAUGGCGUUGAGGAUCCCAUAUUCUGCUUAAAAUUACCUUCUGAGGGAGAGUUAUGCAGCAAAUAAUUUGAAAUGGAGGGUUGGACUUCAUUUUUGUAGAUGAAUAAGAUAUGUAUAAUAGUUUAUUCCAGAUGUUAGAUUGUGAAGGCAUGAGAUAAUCAUAAACCCCCUUCUUUUAUAUCUGCUAUGGUUGUUUCUGUAUCUGCAAAAGCAUUUUGAUGCUAAAAGAGUGUUUCAGAGUUAUCAUGGUAAAACUAGCAUUGUCUAUCUUACAUGUUAUGUAGGUAAAGAAAAAUGUAAGGAUAUUUUCAUUUUCUGUAGGAAUAUGGAUGGAAAUGGAUUUGUUA